AUGAAAGAGAUUUUAGACGGACGGGAUGGUAAAAAUGCAGAACAAAUCUAUGCAAACCUUCACACUUAUGAUGAACAAUUUCACUCGUACAAUUUGCAGUUUCAAUUAAAAGCUGUUGCUACCUCACCCUUUGAUAUGUUUCCACUACUGCCUUUCAAUAUGCUAAUAUUGAUCAUAUCCGCUAAAGUGUCAGUCACAAUCGACAAGAUAGCUAAUAUUGGACACUCUUAUCUUAUCUUUCUAGGAUCAUUUUCUGAUUCCUUGUAUACAGUGAAAGUUAAACGACAAGAAGUGAUAGCUAAAAGAGAAGCAGAAUCUACAGAUAUUAUCUUGAUUGAUUGGACAACAGCCACCACAGUAUUUGCAAGUGAAGAAGAACCUGAUACUGUUACAGGAACAACGGCAUUUAUGAAUAAAAUUUUAAUGGUAUUCGCUGAUAGAAUGAAGAAGAUAGAAAGGGCACCAGAGAAAUAUAGUUGUGGAGUCAAUAAAACAGUGGAUAGGCUCAAUUUAUUACAUGAAGCUAUGAUUAGUAUUCCAGAUAAUGAUAGUGUAGGAUUAUUUGUGAUAUGA